AUGAACUCCAAAGAUUUUGUAGUUCUUCCUUGGGGAAAACCUGGAAAUUCUGUAAAGCUGAAAUACAAAAAUGCUCAGGAACUGAGGAUGGAGAAGGUCCAAUUAGAACUGGAGAAUCAACAGAUGGAAAAGAAGCUACAGGAAUUCCAAUCAGCCCGGAGUAAAGAAAAGGAAGAAAGAGAGUCAAGUGGAUAUCACUGGAAAUCUGGACGAGUGGGAAAAUUGGGUAAUCAAUCACACAUGAUGUCACAAAAUAAAGGAAAUAUUAUUAAGUUUUCUGCUGGAAAAGUGAAAUUAAAAUUACUGAAGGAGCAACUUCAAGAUCCAGUGAAACCACAACUUAAUUAUAAGAUGGCCAAUCCUUCUGAAAGUAAAAAAUCCAAGAUAAAAGGGAAGGUUUGUGGACAGUGUGAGAACAAAGCUGCUCUGCUGGUAUGCCUUGAAUGUGGAGAAGAUUAUUGUUUGGGUUGCUUUGCUAAAAUUCACCAAAAGGGGGCACUGAAGCUCCAUAGAACAACUCUUUUGCAGGCGAAAUCUCAAAUGUUAUCCAAUGUGUUGGAUGCUGCCCAUCGUUUUAUCAAGGAAGUUAAUCCAGAUGAACCCAAAGGGAAUAAUCAUUCUGCAGAAGAAAUUAAUAAAAGUGAGAACAAGCCCAAAUCUCUUCUACAGGGGAGCCACUCUGGGGUAGAAGUUCCAACCACAAAAAGAGCAGAGUGUUCACAUUCAAAAGAUAGGCUCCUCUGGGAAGGGUCAUUUGAUGAAGAAACUUCUGCCCAGUCCUUUCCGGAAACUUUAAAUCAAUGGAGAACUGGACAUCAAGAUGACAACGAGAAACAGAAUUCACCUGCAGCAAAAGCAGACUCAUUGGAAGAAAGUGAAGUACAAACUAAUCUGAAAAUUUGGAGAGAACCACUCAAUAUUGAAUUUAAAGAAGACAGUCUAUCCUAUAUGGAAAAGUUAUGGCUUAAAAAACACAGGAGAACUCCACAGGAGCAACUUCGAAACAUGCUACCCGAUACAUUCAUACCUCAAUGUAAAACAGCGAGUGAGGCACAGUGUUCCCGGAAUGAAAGUGAUGAAGAUAGUGAUGUUGAGGAGACCAAAGUACAAUACCCAGCGCCUUUUCUGCCAGUAGAAGAACUAAACAUAGAGAGACCUGAGCCAUCUCUAAAAAUAGUUGAACUGGAUGAUACUUAUGAAGAGGAAUUUGAAGAACCAGGAGACCCAGUGCCCUACAAAGUUGAGUUAGCAGAUGCGGAUAGUCAACAAAGUUGCACAUUUCAUGAUUAUCAGAAUACUUUUCUAUAUGAAACUGACAUCCAUCAACGUCACGUUUCCACCAAGGGAAAAACAGAACUCUUACAUCUUCAUCUGAACAACAGCUCUUCUUACUGUAAAAAUAACUCAAAAGCAGGAACUUCAAAUACUGAAUUUGAAAUGAUUGUGGAUCCUGAUGUUUAUUCUCCUGCCAUUGAGAAAAUAGGGGAAAGCAGCAUUUCUGAAAGAAAUUUCAAAGAUAAAAUGAUAGAUACAGAGAGUAAUCAAAAGUCUGGUGAUUCCUGCGUAUCACUUGAGAGCAAGGCUUCUUUGCCAAGCGUAGAUUUAAAAAAACCUUCCAGUAAGGAGCAGUUACCUCAGGACAUCAAAGAAUCCUUGGAAUUUAGCAAUCUGCAUGAGAGGCCAAACUUUGAAGACUUUGAAGAUUCUAAAGCUACAGAGUCGCCACUGUUGUUACAAGAAAUAGCCCUCAGAAGUAAGCCUAUAACUGAACAAUAUCAAGGACUUGAAAGAUUCUUUGUUUUUGAUAAAAAUGAAAGACUCAACUUACUUCCUUCUCAUAGCUUAGAAUGCAGCUAUUCCAGUACUAGGAUUACAACUGCAGGAGACAGAGAGUGGAUUCCAGACCAUAGCAUAAGUACAUAUGCUGAUAAUGGAGUCACCUUGGGUGUUCUGCAGAGUGCCCAGAACCCGUCAACGAGUAGAACACAACGAAAAAUGGGCCAGAUAUCCCAGAGACCUUCAACAGCAAAUUUAUCCCUUUCCAACUCUGUUAAAAAAAGCUCCAGCUGCCCUGUCUCCUCCCAUCCUCGGUCAAGAAGUGCAGCUGCUCGACCAUUGUCUAGAGCCGCUUCUGAAAUUUCAGAAAUUGAAUAUAUUGAUACUACUCACCAUACCGAGCCAUUCUUAGAUGGCACUGCUGAUCAGCAAACCUUAGACAGUUUGGAAAAAGAAUUAAAUGUCCUGAGAAAUCUUGCAGAUCCUUCAGAAAAGCUUUACAGCCUAACCUCAGAAGAGUUACCAGCCUUCAACAACCAUUCGCUGAACAUAAGUCAGACUACCCUAGAUUUCUGUAAGACCUCAAGUGCAAGAGGCCUCUGUGCAGUUGAGGAAUGGAGCUCUUUUGAAAGAGAUACUGAAGCUCAGUCUUUGCUGACACUUUCUGAAAGCAGCAUAGAUGAGGAGGAAGAGGAUUUUCUUGACAAGCAACAUGUCAUCAUGCUAUCGUGGUCAUAGAGUGCCUCUUGAUAAUCAUCAUAUGUUCAUUACUUUUUCGAUUUUGUACCCAAAGUAAAGCAAACAGCUGA